AUGGAUGAUCAGGAUGGCAAUGAAGAGAACCUGGAUCAACAGUUUAUGCAACUGACGGCUGAACUGGCCCGACUGAGGGCAAGAGUUCACGUCUUGGAGAUUCAGGAGGAGACGAUCAGGCAAAAAAUUCAGAUAAGGGACACCAAAAACCGUCUACCGUUUGAUAUACUUGCCCUCAUCUUUACACAACUUGUCCAAAUCCAGAGGACGUCUAUGUCUCUUGGGCCAUUGAUGCGUGUAUCUCGUUUAUGGUAUCACGUUUGCGCAGAUAAUCCAUCAUUAUGGACCGUAAUCGGCAUUCAUGCUCCGUUCAGGAGUAAGAACUUGGACAAGUAUAAGCUCUUCUUCCACGCAUGCGUCCGACAGAGUGGCGCCCUCCCUCUAGACAUCAUCUUCACUGCAACGCAUAUGGAUACUGCCUCAGAGGAAUGCUGGGAAAUGCAACAUGCAAUGGACGCGCUUGACCCCGACUACAACACCAGCCCGACGCGGAUAUGCUCACAUGAGCGACCGAGAUGUCCUUUCUGGAGAAGUCAAGCCAGGACAGCUGUCGCUGUCAUGGACUUUUUGCAUCAGCAGCCACGAGCUCGCUGGCGAAGCUUCCAUUUUGACUGGCCACACCGCACGCUGCUUGAAGUCAUGCGUAGUUCUCACUUCAACUGGUCCCUCUUGGAUAUGCUCAUUGACGGGUGCUUUGGGCUGGAAAGUCUGUUCAUUGGAAACGGUGGACAUGACUUUGUGGGUACGACCCGAUUGGCUCCGUCUUUGAUCAGUCUACGGUGUAUCGAGCUCGUGGAGCAGUGCUGGGAACCCGCUAUAUCCAACCUGGACGACCUGCCGAGCGUCAAGGAACUCUCUCUCGAGUGGAAAGAUGAGGGGGAUUGGGUGUCGAUCGGAAUGCGCCGCCUUGGGGACGACUGGAUAGCCCGGUUUCCGAACCUCGAGACCUUGACUCUUCGAUCACGCAAAACAAUUAGCUAUCCAAUGGUGUGGGACGUUUUUCUGACACUGUCCGCUCCUGUGCAGGCCCUAAACAUCAAGCAGCUUACGCUCGUUGGUCGCAUACCUUUGAGGGUUCUACAGACCUUUGAAGCCCCUCAUCUCCAAACGCUCGUCAUCGCUGCCAACGAAAUGCGCUGGACAUCCGCUCCUGCUGUCUUCCGCAACAAAGUAGGAACGAAUGCAACGUGCCUUGAGCUGUUGAAUCUACCAUCCCACGUCCUGGCGCCCUGGAGCGAUCUCCAUCAGCUUGUAGAGGCCAUGGAAAAUCUGGAGGAGGUGAAAAUCUCCCAGGCUUUAUUCUCGAAUAUGGUGGCGAUGUGCUCCGAAUGCGGUCAAAAUAUCACUUUAGUAGAGGACACAAUUGAACAUCGUGGAACGGAGGAGAUCUUCGUGUGUAGGAACUCUUUGAAUGACAUUCGCGAGCUCCUCCAACAACUCAUGUGA